AUGCGCCAGCGAAUCACCUUCAUCCACAAGGCCAGUGACGGCGUCCCAUUCGAGGAUCUCACGGUGAGCGAUGCCGGCAUCAAGGGUCCGGAGAUCAAGUCCGUCCGGGAGGACAGGGUAACCCUAGCUCUGGAAGAGCUCCCAUCUGAGCUGUCACAGCUCCUGAGUGAGAGCCAUGAGCUUCACAUUCGAUGGGUUAGUCCGGAGGCCUACGACACAGUCAGUCCCUUGGACUCGAGGGUCUCACCCGGCUUCCAUCUAUUCUAUACGCCGAAGAAGGAGGGGCAAUGGGAUGCGUCCAAGCUAUGUGAAGCUCUCAGCAAUGCAUUCGGCGCCACUGGCUGCUCAUCUUCAGAGUCUUUCACAAGUCUUCCGAAUGACAGAUUCUCUCACUCUGCAGCAUUUCAAUACUACGAGCCGCUAGAGAACCUCACGCAGUUCAUCCAACACACAGCCGAUAAACUGUGCCCGACAUCGAACGAUGCCUGCAAGUCUCGCACCGAAGACCUCAAAAGGGUGUCCUCUCUAGACGUCUCCUACGACACGAUCUCCCACGCCCUCAAGAUGACCGCCCAGUGGCCUUACGAUCUCCAUCAGAUCUCCGUCGCUUCGACACCCGGCCACAGGACCGAAGUUGGCAUUCUCACCACCGAUACCUCUUCUAAGCCGGAGCCGCACGAGAUCGGCAUGACGGGCGGCCUCACCGUCCUAGGGGAGCACAAACAGCCGUCGCCUGUCCUCUUCAACGUGCCUGCCCGCCACCGGCGCCACGCCGAGUCCGCCCCCGGCUCCUCCUUCUCCGCCAAGUUCCUCGAACCGACGGGACUGCACCCAACGCUCCAGCUGACACUCAGCUCGCCCCGCCCGCCCGUCGACGACGCCUACUGCGCCAUCCACGCACACUUCACCCUCCCAAAGGCCAUCUUCGCCGAUCGGUACCAGCUGUCGGACGACAUCUUCCUCAAGUCGAAAAACUUGACGGCCCUGCGCUACUCCAGCAUGCCCGUGGACCUGGAAGCGCCAGCCUACGCGACAAAGCCGUGGGGCUCCGGCGUGCUCCUCGAGCUCGCGCCGCCUGCCUCCGCGGAGGAAAAGGACGGCGAGUGGACGGCCGAGGUCCCGCUGCACCUGCGCUACCUCGAACCCGCCGCCGGCGGCUACACGGACCUCCAGCUCCCCUACCCCGCCGUCUUCUGGGCGUGUUCCUCCGAAGAGGGCACCAAGUUCCCCAGCAGCCCCUUCGAGCGCGUCAACCUCGGCUACGACGCGCUUUUCGGGCCGCGAACCGUCUUCUGGCACGUCGAGCCGCAGCCGGCGGCGGAGGCGGAGGCGGAGGCGGUAGGGGCUUCGGGGGCGGGCGGUCGGCUUACGAGCUCCGUGCGCGUGCCGGUCCUGGAGGCCGGCCAGGCGGGGUGGGUUCGGAUGGGGACGGCGGGCGCGGUCAUGCUGGGCUUCGCGUGGGUUCUGUGGAGGCUGGUUGCCGCGUAUUCCCGGACCGGGUACGGCAAAAACGCAGCAGCUGCUGCCAAGGUUGGCGAGAAGAAGACGCAGUAG